GAGCAAACAUUUAAAAAGUUGGUUAGUGUUGUUGGAAAGCAUUUUGAUAAAUUUUUAAAACAAACAUUUUAAACAUGUCACAUAAUGUUCAUGGCACAUUUGUAUCACAAAAAAUCAAUAAAAUACGUUGGAGACCGGACCCAUUCAACAAUGCUCACUUUUUCGUAACCGGCAGUUGGGAUGAUGAACAAAAUUUAAUCAAACUGUGGGAUUUUAAUGAAAACGAUGAAGACGACGAUCUUUUCCCAUUUCCUGUUGCUUCUUAUAACCACCCUGGUGAUGUCACGGAAAUGAAGUUCUUAAAUCCUGAUUACUUUGUUGCUUCAUCAUCGCAUGGUAGUGCUUGUUUAUAUAAAAUACAGACUAAAAAUGAAGUUAUUACUCUAAAUGAAGGAAUAAUGUGGAAAAAACUACAUUAUUUUCAAUAUGACGAACCCAGUCCUUGCACAAGUUUAGCACUUUAUGAAAAUGAUAUAGUUACUGUUGGAGAAGAUGGAAGAAUCAACUUAUUAUCAGCUCAAUCAAAUAUUAUUAUCAGAAGAAUUGAUGAAGCUGAUAGUUGUUCAUUGCAAUGUGUAAUAUUUUUAAAACACAACGAACUUUUAACCAGUGGCUUAAGAGGUCAAAUGAAAAUAUGGGACCUGCGCUCAAAGGAAAACCAACCUAAAACCACAUUUAAACUGAGUGGGGACCAUGUAACACCUACAUGUAUUACCUAUCAUCCCACUCAAAGGCACCUCAUCAUUGCUGGUGAUGAACUAGGAACCUUAACAGUUUGGGAUUUAAGACAAAACACAUUCCCAGUGAACGUUCUCAAUGCUCAUCAAGAUAGUAUUUCAGAAAUUCAAUUCCAUCCAGAUAACCCAGAUCAAUUGUUCAGCUGUUCUAGUGCAGGUGAAGUUUGGCAUUGGUCUACAAAGGGAAGAUCCAUUAUGUCAAUGGAUGAUGGUGAGACUAAUGUGUGGUUGUCGUUAGAUAAUCUUAAGAAUAAACUUGAAGUUUUCACCAUCAUGCCAAACUUGGGAAAACCUAUCACUUCGCUAGAUCUUCACAGGAAUAAAGUACUUUGUAGCUGCGAUAAUGAAGCGAUUUACUUAAUUAAUGGUGUUACAAGACACAAUUAAAUUGUUAUUUUAUAA